AUGGCGCAACCAACUGGCGAGGAGUCGCCGCCGCAGCCGUCGCCCGCCGCCCUCCGCGCCGCCCUCACGGCCAGGGAGGUGGCCCACCUGCACCUGCCGACGCCACCCGCCGCACAGGCUGCAUCGCGCGCCGCCGCCCCGGGAGCCGAGGAUGAUCUGCCUGAUGAUGAGUUCGCCCGCCCUGACACCAGCUUUAGCGCCUGGCUGGAUAAUAUCGAGCAGUCACAGCGCGUCCAGACCGGCGUGCGUGCAGCGGUGAUCGCCGUGGUGGUGAUGAUCGCCCUCGGGCUGUUUGCCGCAGGAAAAGGUGCAAGAACUAUACAACAAUGGGAAAAUACUAGCCAUAUCCCCACAUAUCAACAAUCUAAUAAAACCAUUAUGAUGGAAGAUGGAGAUAUCUAUGAUUGCAUCGAUGUGAAUCUACAACCGGCUUUUAACCACCCGUUGUUGAAAAACCACACAAUUCAGAUGGAACCAAGUUCUUUUCCGAUUGGACUAAACAUAAAAUCUUCGUUCCCACGUGUCGUUUCACAAGCGCAUUUGUCUAUUGUCAAAUGCCCAAGAGGAAUGGUUCCAAUACUACGUAAUGGUAGAAGGGAUCAAAUAUCAGCACACUUUAUAGAUCAAGCGAUUAGCAAGGAUGCACAACUCGAGGAGGCAGGGCUGAAAUAUUUUGAUGAUUUAUAUGGGGUACAAGCUACAAUAAAUGUUUAUGAGCCAAAGGUGAAGAAGGAUAGCGGGGAUCUUAGUCAAACAGGGAUCCAAAUUGAUAACGGACCAAAGGGUCAUAUGGACAGUAUAAAUGCUUGUUAUUCAGUAUCUCCAAGCUUCUAUGGCGAUACUUUUGUGAGGUUUCAUGUUGGUUGGCGCGAUGGUGUACAAAACAAGUCAUGCAUUGAUCAUGAUUGCCCUGGUUUUGUUCAAGUUAGCCACAAUGUUGGCCUUGGAGGAAGAGUAAAACCUGUUUCAGUUUACAAUGGACCACAAUAUGUGAUACACAUUCUUAUUUUCAAGGACCCAAAGACACAUAAUUGGUGGUUGGCGUAUGGUAAAGACAAAACACCAGUUGGAUAUUGGCCAAGUUCAUUAUUCACUCGCCUUAAGGAUAAAGGGAACUUUUCAUACACUGGUGGGCAUGUUUCAGGACCGACGGCUUCAUCAGACUCUCCACAAAUUGGCAGUGGGCAUUUUGCCUCCGAAGGCUAUGGAAAAGCGGCUUUUAUAAAAGACAUCCAAAUUAUUGAUAACGACAACAAGCUUGUAACACCAAAUGAAGAGAAAGCGAUUAGAGGCAGUAGUGAUGUAAGGAAAUAUACCAUCGGCAAUUAUGGAGUUGACGACCAUGGUGUGCAUAUGUACUAUGGUGGGCCGGGUAAUUUUGUCUAA